AUGGACCAUAAAACCGCUGAGAUGAUUCUGACGUUCUUCCUCUCAUUGACUUCACUUCUCACUCACUCACUACAGUACUUCUACACUGCAGUUAGAGUAAAUUACCCAGAGUUCACUGCUGUUGGUCUGGUGGAUGGAGAGCAGAUUGUGUACUAUGACAGUAACAUCAGGACACUGAUCCCAAAGACGGAGUGGAUGAAGAAGGUUGAUACUGAUGAUCCACAUUACUGGAUCAGAGAGACACAGCGUAUGCUGGGUGAAGAGGAGGACGUCAAAGUACUUCUCUCUACAAUGGAAAGAUUUAAUCAGACUAAAGGAGUUCACACACUGCAGCAGAUGUACGGCUGUGAGUUUAAUGAUGACGACACUAUUAGUGGAUACGAGCAGUACGGUUAUGAUGGAGAAGAUUUUCUCAGUCUGGAUCUGAAAACUGAAACCUGGACUGCAGUUAAUAAACAUGCUGAAGUUCUUAAGGACAAAGGCAGAUGGGGUAAUGGUUACAAACGUGACCAGAAGUUCUACCUGGAGAACGAGUGUAUUGACUGGUUAAAGAAGUUUGUAUCGUACGGCAGAGAGAGGAAAGCCCGUCCUGAAGUGUCCAUGUUCUACAAGCACUUCCCUCGACCAGAGCUGGUGUGUCACGCUACAGGUUUCUUCCCCAGUGGACUGGUGAUGUUCUGGCAGAAGGACGGCGAGGAACUGCAUGAGGACGUGGAGAUCACAGCGACUGUACCAAACCAGGAUGGAACCUUCCAGAAGAGAGACAUUCUGAGAGUCUCACCUGAGGAGCUGAAGGAACAUGAAUACACCUGUGUGGUUCAGCACAGCAGCCUGGAGAAGGACUUAGUGCUUAAAGCUCCAGGUAGGAGAACCACCUUCUGUUCUGGUUCAGGUUCUGUAGAUGUAGGUGGAGGAUCUCUUGGUAUCAUCGUUCUUGCAGGCGUGGCUUUUCUUGCUCUGGUUGCUCUGAUUGCUGGAGUUCUGAUCUGGAAGAAGUCGUCGUCUGGCUUCAAACCAGUUUCAGAGAAAAAACACCACCUUGUAAGUAAACCUUUAAUGCAAAGAUGCUCUGUUACACUAGAAACUGGUUUGCUAUUGAAGAUAGCCUGCUCUGUAACUUUGGUGGCAGAACCUGGAGAGAAGGUCACCAUGCGAUGCCAGCACAACCUGUAUCGUUCAGGUUUCAUCUUCUGGUUUAAGAACACAUCUGCUGAUGCUGAUGAUCAAGAUCAUGAGGGACCCACUCACUGCGAGUACCUCUACACUGCAGUAAGAGGAGUAAAUUUAACAAAUUUUACUGCUGUUGGUCUGGUGGAUGGAGAGCAGAUUUUGUACUAUGACAGUAACAUCAGGAAGAUGAUCCCAAAGACGGAGUGGAUGAAGAAGAUUGAUGCUGAUGAUGCAGAUUACUGGAUCAGAGAGACUCAGCAUAUGCAGGGUGAUGAGGAGGACUUCAAAGUACAUCUGUUUACAAUAAUGGAGAGAUUUAAUCACACAGAAGGAGUUCACACACUGCAGAACAUGUACGGCUGUGAGUUUGAUGAUGAUGGAACCAUUAGUGGAUACGAUCGAUACGGUUAUGAUGGAGAAAAUUUCCUUGAUUUGGAUCUGAAAACUUUCACCUGGACUGCAGCAAAUAAACAUGCUGAAGCUCUUAAGGACAAAGGCAGAUGGGGUCAUGGUUAUAAACGUGACCAGAAGUUCUACCUGGAGAAGGAGUGUAUCUCCUGGUUGAAGAAGUACGUGUCAUACGGCAGAGAGACUCUGGAGAGGAAAGUUUGUCCUGAAGCCUCCGUGUUCCACAAGCACUUCCCUCAACCAGAGCUGGUGUGUCACACUACAGGUUUCUUCCCCAAAGAAAUAAAUAUCACCUGGCUGAAGGAUGGAGAGGACAAUGUGAGCUCCAAUGACACAUUACCAAACCAGGAUGGAACUCUGCAAAAGAGAGCCGUUCUGAGAGUCUCACCUGAGGAGCUGAAGGAACCACACCUGUGUGGUUCAGCACAGCAGCCUGGAGAAGGACUUAAUGUAGGUGGAGGAUCUCUUGGUAUCAUCGUUGGUGCAGUCGUGGCUGUUCUUGCUCUGGUUGCGCUGGUUGCGCUGGUUGCUCUGAUUGCUAAAGUUCUGAUCUGGAAGAAGAAGAAUUCUGGAGCAGAGAGGAAUAUAAGGUGUUCAUUAAAAUGGAACAAGAGGAAUCUACGUUUGAUGAUUGGAGCCCGGGGAGGGACCCACUCACUACAGCACAUCUAUACUACAGUCAAAGGAGUAAAUUUACCAGAGUUCACUGUUGUUGUUCUGAUGGAUGGAGAGCAGAUUUUGUACUAUGACAGUAACAUCAGGACGCUGAUCCCAAAGACGGAGUGGAUGAAGAAGGUUGAUGCUGAUGAUCCAAAUUACUGGAUCAGAGAGACACAGCGUAUACAGGGUGAUGAGGAGGACUUUAAAGUACAUCAGGCUACAAUAAUGGAAAGAUUUAAUCACAUGGAAGGAGUUCAUGUAGUGCAGAGGAUGUACGGCUGUGAGCUUGAUGAUGAUGGAACCACUAGAGGAUACUAUCAGGACGGUUAUGAUGGAGAAGAUUUCAUCAGUCUGGAUCUGAAAACUGAAACCUGGACUCCAGCAAACCCUCAAGCUGUAAUUACCAGACACAAGUGGGAAGCUACAGGUGAAGCUAAAUACCAAAAACAUUACCUGGAGAACAUCUGUAUUGAUUGGUUAAAGAAGUUUGUAUCGUACGGCAGAGAGACUCUGGAGAGGAAAGAUCAUCCUGAAGCCUCCGUGUUCCACAAGAACUUCCCUCGUCCAGAGCUGGUGUGUCACGCUACAGGUUUCUUCCCCAGUGGACUGGUUAUGUCCUGGCAGAAGGACGGAGAGGAACUGCAUGAGGACGUGGAGAUCAGAGAGACUCUACCAAACCAGGAUGGAACCUUCCAGAAGAGAGCUGUUCUGGGAGUCUCACCUGAGGAGCUGAAGGAACAUGAAUACACCUGUGUGGUUCAGCACAGCAGCCUGGAGAAGGACUUAGUGCUUAAAGCUCCAGAUCCAGGUGGAGGAUCUCUUGGUAUCAUUGGUGCAGUCGUGGCUGCUGUUCUUGCUCUGAUUGCUGGAGUUCUGAUCUGGAAGAACUGCGGCUUCAUCCUCUUUCUUUCAGGCUUCAAACCAGUUCCAGCAAAACUCAACAACUCGUGUGAAACUGUUUCUAAAGACCCGGACUCUACCUCCAUAAUCUCCUCCACCUCCUCCAAUGUCUCUAAUACUUCUUCAAUGAAGAAGUUAAACCCGACAACUGGAACUAGGAGAUGAAGAACUCUCUCAAAUAUCCACACACAUCUGCAGAUCUUUCCUAUUCUUCUGGAGCUUCUGGGGGGGUUUAUACUGAGAGUCUCUUAUUCAUGUUAGAUGGGAUUAUU